CUCUCUUUCCUUUCUCUUACAUAUUCUUCCUCUCACGCGCCAAUUAUACUCAGUCUGACUAUCACUUCUCUUAUGACUCGGGCCGAAAUGCCUUCGCUUAAAAGAUCAACCCCUCGUCGACGGUGGAGUGGACGUGUCCAACGAUCGGACCAUUUAACCCCUCGACAAUGGAUCUUCAAUGAGGCACCAAAUCUCUCCAGUCGACGCUGCGACUUCUCAGACUCCUUGGCGUUCUCGACAUCCUACUAUCAUAGUCAUGGGUUCAGCCGCUCCGGAAUUCACAUGGAUCCUCACGUCUCCCGGCCGAUGGGAGCGUGAGGUCGACGAGGCGGAGCAAUUCUAUACCUCACUAGCCAAGGCCUACGAAGGUACUGGACGGGUGUUCUUUGCCAUGACCGGAUACAUUGCUUUUUCGGUUGCGGUUCCCAACGUGAACCCGAAGCAAAAACCCGUCGAGGAGGUGACAGAGGCCCUGCGCAAGGCCUGGCUGCGACUCCGCUACGACCACCCCACAAUCGCCUCCACGGUGGAAUUCAACCAGGAGCUGAAGACAUGCCGGAAGGUCUACGAAACCUGCGACGGACCGGAGUCGCAACGGGCUUGGCUGCGUUCGACGUUUCAGGUCGUGUCAACCGGGAUGUCAGGCUUGGAUUGGUGCAAUUCGGAUCCCCCAGUGCCGCAAAAGGCUACGCUGUUUCUCAUCAUACCGCCCACUCAAGCCCCGGGCGAGGUUCGUGGUGAGCUUAUCUUGCGCUGCCAUCAUGAUAUCAUCGACGGGGUGGGAACCUUGAUCCUCUUCGAUAACCUCUUUGCCCACGCAGAGCAGGCCUACGCGCAGGGGUCUCAGUAUCAGCUCCCUCGGUUCGGGGAUGAAUGGGCGCACCUGAGCCCACCCCUUCGUACCGCGGCAUCCAUCCCAGCGACCCUGCAGCCCGAGCAGAAGGCGUACUUAGACACCGUUCGGCCCUAUCAAGCCUCCCUCCGCGAAGGUGUCGAGGUGGCCACGAUGCCGUUCAAUGAAGGUAAGACCCUCCCGGGAAAACAUCAGCGAACCGCCGUAACGCUGGCGAGAGAACCGACCAUGCGUCUGUUGGCAGCUUGUAAAGCUUCGGGGUGGAGCGUGACCCAUGCGUACCACGCAGCUGCCGCAAUCACUGUGCGAGAUCUCCAGGAGCGACGGGAUCAGGAGAGAAUGGUGCGGUAUAUCAACUACAGUCUGAUAAACGAGCGGCCACAAUGCACUCCUCCGUACAGCACCCCGGCCCAUGCAGCCGCCGUCUAUCACUCCGUAUCGGGAAAAGGUCUCGCGGUCGAUCUGGGGGUGCCGGCACGAGAUAGUAUAACGGAGCACGACGACGAGCAAAAAGCAGAAUUUGUCGAGGUCGCGAACAAGGUACGGGACUUCUACCUGCAGAUUCGUGAUGACAAGCAACACAUCCAGCUAGUCCCUUCAUAUUGGGCCAUGGCGACUCUUCCGUAUCCGGCCGAUGGCACCACGCCCCCUGUUCCCGAGAUCAAUUCCUCUCCAUCUGUUUCUGUCUCGAGCAUGGGAGUGGUGGACCGAAUCAUCCGUCCCGUGCGUGGUGCGUUCAAGCUGGAGAAUCCUUGGGUGACUGGAGAGGAACUCGGCACGGGGCUCGGACUGUUUCUGGGAACCUGGGAGGGUCACCUGACGUUGAGCGCUGCCUACAACGACGCUUGGCAUGGUCUGGAGGAGGUUGUGGGUUUCGUAGAGCGCUGUCACUCUUUGGUUUUGCGUGCUCUUGGGGUGUCCCGUAACGACGGUUAGCCGUAGAGCGGAAUAUAUAGUUUACUGGCUGUACA